AUGGAAAUUGAAAACUCCAUUGAAAAUAAUGGCGAUGAUGAUGAAGUGGAAUCGUUGUUCAAGAAAAAAUUCGUAACAAAUCUUGACGAUAACAAUGCUACUCUUGCUCCAGUUGAACAAGAGAAAAGUUUCGAUUUAGAUGAUUCAAAUUAUUCAGAAUUAGAUAUAUCGAUCAACCGAUUUCAUCCGAAUAAUGGUGAUAUUCUCGUUGUGUCAACACCGAAUCUUGAACAUAGAAAAAUUGAUAAGCAAAAGUCAUCGGAAUAUUCAGAAUCAAAUAAAUCGGAUGAUGAAUCUGAUAAUAUUCAAAUUCCAAAUACUUGUUCAUCUUAUGAUGAUGGUGAAGUUGAAGAUGCGAAACGUUAUCUUAAAAUUUAUUCUAAACCAUCUUUUCGUUGGUCUAUGGAUAUGAUACCAAAUAAUAUAAUCAAUUUUAGAAAUGAAAGCCAAGUUAAUGAAUCAUCAAAAAAAUUUAAACCUCCACUAUCUAGACAAUGUGAUUUAUCACCUUCCAGACGACGAGUGAAUUCUGGAUCAACGCAGCGAUCAUUCGGAUCAACCGAAGAUGAACAUUUCUCCACAUCAAUAAAAUCGCCUUCAAUGAGAACAAAUGAUGAUGAAAAUUAUCCUUAUAAUGUGGUCGAUGAAGAAGAUACCAUUUCUAUCUUUCAAAAUAUUAAAAAAACACCCAUACCUGUAAUAGUUAGUAGUGGCGGUGGUGGUGAUACUAUUCCACGGAACGAUAAGAUGAAAGAUUCUGCACAGCAUGCAACCUGGAUCACGGAAAGAAUGCGUCAUUUAGUCAAAGCAUUUACUGAUCGUGGUGAUUUUGUUCGUCGUGUCUUCGAAGAGAUGAACGCGAAAGAUGAAUUAUCAAAAUCUGAUGACGAUACUGAAAGUCCUGAUGAGCAGAUUGACGGAAAGAAAUUAUCCGUUGCUUUAUUCGAAUCAAUGUUCGGUGAUGAAUGGAGAAAUAAUGAUGAUGUUCAAAUUGAACGAAAAUUCUGGCAGCGUUUGAAACAUUCGGUCUAUGAACCGCAAAGUUUUAUCUAUAUUAUAUGGUUAUUGAUUGUUUCGCUUAUUUUUUUCUACAAUGCGACUAUGAUUCCAUAUAGUUUGGUAUUUCGUUACAAUAGUGAUGAACAAUGGAAAUCGAUUAUUAUCAACAUUAUCGCCGAUAUGAUCUAUUUGGUCGAUUGUUGUUGGUUUAAACCUCGAUUAAAAUUUCUCGAAAACGGAAACUGGAUCGAUGAGAUUGGCCGCACUCAUAAGCAUUAUUUUCGUUCAAGACGAUUCAUUUUAAUUGAUUUUCCAUCACAACUACCAUUCGACUGGAUCGCUUUGCUAGUUGCUUGGAAUUUUUGUGGAAAUAUUCACGCUACAAGUCUUAUAUUGCGAUUGAAUCGUUUGAUAAAAAUUAUGGAUUUUUGGGAAUUUUUCGAACGUGUAGAUAAAGCAACGAGAAACCCAUACCUUUUCCGUAUAAUUCAUACAUUGAUUUAUGAAUUAUAUAUUAUCCAUCUGGGUGCAUGUGUUUACUAUCGAGUUUCCGAAUGGAUUGGAUUUGGCCAUACACCUUGGACUUAUAACAAUAAAGGAAUUCCAUACCUUAGAUGUUUUUAUUUUGCCUUCCGAACGACCACAUCCAUCGGUGGUCGUCUUCCGAAACCAACUACAGAAUUUGAACGAAUUUAUAUGCUAAUUGCAUGGUUGCUAGGUGUAUUUGUAUUUGCCAUGGUCAUUGGUCAGAUUCGUGAUAUUGUGGCACACGCCUCACGCAAUCAAAAUUAUUAUAUUGAUUCAUUGAACAAAAUUGCCGCACACAUGACAAGAUUGUCAGUACCUGCAAAUCUUCAGAAACGUGUACGAUUUUGGUAUAAAUUUACUUGGGAUUUGCAGAAAACAUUCAAUGAAACGGAAAUCAUUCGCGUACUACCGCUAAAGAUGCGAACAGAUCUUACUUUGUGCAUUCACUCUCAUACAUUAAGUCGUGUAGAUUUAUUUAAAAAUAUCAAUAGAAGUAUAUUGAGAGAUUUGGUGUUGAAACUUCAGCCAAUUUUGUUUCUCCCAGGUGAUUAUAUUUGCCGUAAAGGUGAUGUUGGUCAUGAAAUGUACAUUGUUAACAAAGGUACGAUUCAAGUAUUCGACCCUGAAACUCGUCGAGUGUUGGUUACACUUGGUGAAGGAUCCGUAUUCGGUGAAAUUGCCAUCCUCAAUCUACAUGGCCAGACCAAACGAACAGCAGAUGUCCGUUCAUGUGGAUAUUCACAGUUGUUUGCGUUGAAAAAGCAAGAUCUAUGGGAAACACUUCGUUAUUAUCCGGAAUAUGAAAAUGUUUUGAAACGCAAAGUUCAACGUAUUUUGCGCAAAAAACAGCAACAAACGUCUACAAAAACAUUAAAUAUUGAUAAUCAACCGCAAACAAUACAAGAAAUGGUCGAUAUUCAAGUAGCUGAACAAAUUCCAGUAGAACCUAUUGUUAAAGAACGACCAAAGACUCCAAAACUUUUUCAAACUGUACUCGAAACAAUUAAACCAGAAUCAACAUUGAAUCAAUAUUUCAUUGGACAACGGAAUAAAUAUCGUUCACAUUCAUUACAAACACAUUCACCUGAACCAGGAUGGAUGGAGAAUGAUGUUUACCGACAAAAAAGUUUAGACUUAUAG